UGAUCCUCAUCUGUAGGCCAUACAUAUCCUCUUGUAUUCUUCGAUUCAAAACCCACAUUAUAAUUCUACUCUCGCUUGCCUCAUCCAUUCAUGGUCAGUUAUGGGAUUUCCCAAAUUCUUCUCUAUCCUCUCUGCAAAUGCAAACAAUCAAAACGGUUCUGUUCAAGAAAAUCUCAUAAAGAAUCCUCGUAAAUACUUGACGUUCCCCAGAUCUGUCUUUAACUACCUGGGACUGGGACGCCUUGCAGUAUCUGGAAGUGCAGAUAAAUCUGAUGGGAGCCAGAGGUCGGAGGAAGAAGAGAAGGUGUAUUCUUGGCUAUACGCCUUGGCACAAUCGGAUAAAGAUUUGGUUUUUGAGUACGUUCGCUCCACCGAAAGGGGCUUGAGCUUCACUGAAGCUGAUAGGAGGUUGAGAGAAAAUGGUCCAAAUGUUCCUCUUGGAUAUACUUUUCCAAAUUGGUGGCAUCUUCUGUGGCAUGCCUUCUUCCACCCUUUCAAUAUUAUUUUGAUUUUACUGUCUGCCCUCUCCUACAUUGCCAGUGAUAGCCCAAAUGGAUGCAUUAUGCUCAUAUUAGUUUUUAUAAGUGUAUCUCUUCGAUUCUAUCAGGAAUACACUAGUUCAAAAGCUGCCAUGAAACUCUCUGAGUUUGUAAGAUGCCCUGUUAAAGUUCAAAGAUGUGCUGGCAGAGUUAUUCAGACAGAGUUGAUUGUUCAAGUUGAUCAAAGGGAUAUUGUUCCUGGGGACAUCGUUAUUUUUGAACCUGGAGACCUUUUUCCUGGUGAUGUUAGACUACUAUCUUCGAAGCACCUUUCCGUCAGUCAGUCCUCAUUGACAGGCGAGUCCUGGAUAACUGAAAAAACAGCAGAUGCUAAAGAAAAUCAGAGAACUCCUUUGCUAGAGUUGAAAAAUAUUUGCUUCAUGGGAACAAAUGUUGUAUCAGGUAGUGGAAUGGGUUUAGUUGUUUCGACAGGAUGUAAGACUUACAUGAGCACCAUGUUUUCAAGUAUAGGAAAGAAAAAACCACCAGAUGGCUUCAAUGAUGGCAUCCGAUGCAUAUCCUACGUGCUCAUCAGCGUAAUGCUGGUAGUGAUGGCAAUCAUAAUAUUGAGUGAUUAUCUUAAGUCUCGUGAUGUGAGUGAGAGUGUUCUUUUCGGACUAUCAGUUGCAUGUGCACUCACUCCGAAUAUGCUUCCCCUUAUUGUUAACACGAGUCUUGCAAAAGGAGCACUUGUCAUGGCCAGAGACAGAUGCAUCGUCAAAAGCUUAGCUGUUAUACGAGAUAUGGGAUCCAUGGAUAUCCUAUGCAUCGACAAGACUGGUACACUCACCAUGGACCAUGCAAUCAUAGUUAAUCAUCUUGACAGCUGGGGUUCACCCCAAGAAAAGGUUUUACGCUUUGCCUUCCUGAAUUCCUACUUCAAGACUGAUCAAAAAUAUCCUCUAGAUGAUGCCAUUUUGGCAUAUGUGUUCACAAAUGGAUACAGAUUCCAGCCAUCCAAGUGGAGUAAAAUAGAUGAAAUUCCUUUUGAUUUUAUACGAAGAAGAGUAUCAGUUAUCUUGGAAACUGAAUCAAAUGCUUCCCAAGGAAGAAAUAGCCACACCUGUGAUAGAUUCAUGAUAACCAAGGGAGCAUUGGAAGAAGUGAUGAGAGUUUGUUCUUUUAUAGACAAUGUUGAUGGGAGUGAAAUUGUUACCUUCUCUUCAGAAGACUAUCAGAGGAUUCUGAAUAUGGGAGAAGAAUUAAGCAACCGGGGACUAAGGAUAAUAGGAGUUGCGAUAAAAAGGCUACAAAUGCAAGGAAGUCAUCCAAACAUGGCCAAUGAGGAGAUCACUGAAUCAGACAUGGUCUUCCUUGGUGUAAUAACGUUCUUUGACCCCCCAAAGGACUCAGCAAAGCAGGCUCUAUGGAGGCUAGCUGAGAAGGGAGUAAAAGCAAAGGUAUUAACAGGCGACUCGCUAUCUCUGGCAGUAAGGAUUUGCGAAGAACUUGGCAUUAGAACCACCAAUGUAACUACAGGACCGGAACUUGAGCUACUAAAUCAGGAUGACUUUCAUGAGACUGUUAAAAGUGCAACGGUGCUUGCUCGGCUAACCCCUACUCAGAAACUCAGGGUGGUGCAAUCCUUGCAGACUGCUGGUGAACAUGUCGUUGGAUUCCUAGGGGAUGGAGUUAAUGACUCGCUUGCAAUAGAUGCUGCCAACGUGGGUAUAUCAGUUGACUCAGGUGCAUCGGUUGCAAAAGACUUGGCAGACAUCAUUUUACUUGAGAAAGAUCUGAAUGUACUUGUCGCCGGGGUUGAGAACGGUCGCCUCACUUACGGCAACACCAUGAAGUACAUUAAAAUGUCUGUUGUCGCCAACAUAGGAAGUGUUCUCUCACUCCUGAUAGCAACACUGUGGCUAGAAUUUGAGCCAUUGACUCCGAGGCAGCUCCUUACACAAACUUUCCUUUACAGUGUGGGUCAAAUCGCAAUCCCAUGGGACAAGAUGGAAGAAGAUUAUGUAAAGACCCCCCAGAAAUGGUCUGAGAAAAGUUUGCCCAUCUUCAUAUUAUGGAAUGGCCCUGUGUGCACCCUCUGUGAUCUGGCGAACCUUAUCUUUUUGUGGUUCUAUUACAGAGAUUACAACAUAUUCGAUGUCAAAUUCUUCCAUUCUGCUUGGUUUAUUGAAGGCCUUCUAAUGCAGACCCUAAUUUUCCACUUAAUCCGAACGGAGAAAAUCCCCUUCAUUCAGGAGAUAUCCUCGUGGCCUGUAAUCUGUUCAACGGUGGUGAUCUCUGCCAUUGGGAUAGCAAUUCCUUCCACACAAGUUGGAAAAGUCAUGGGAUUCACUAAUUUGCCAUUCUCAUAUUUUGGAUUUUUGGUUGUGCUUUUUCUAGGGUAUUUUACAGUUGGUCAAGUGGUCAAGAGAAUGUAUAUUUUGAUAUACAGAAAAUGGCUGUAGAGAACAGCGAAAGAGAAUAUUAUUCAGAAUGAAUAAUGUAGCGUCUAUGCUUUUACA